AUGCUGUCUCAUAACGAACAAUUGAAUGUUGAUCUACAAUCAUCAACACCAAUACCUUCCUCACAAUCAUCUUCAUCAACUACCACCACCACUGCUGAACCUUCUCCUUCCACCAGAAUCAAUGAAUCAACUACUAAAAAUACCACCAUCCCUAAUAAUGAUCCAUUCGAUAGACUAUCGUUUAAAGUUGGGGUUGCUGAAAAUAAAAACAUUACUUUCCGAAAUAAAAUGGAAGAUGUUCAUACUUAUAUAGCCAACUUUGCUGAAAGAAUCGAUUGGGGUUAUUUUGCUAUCUUUGAUGGUCAUGCUGGAAAAGAUACCGCAAGAUGGUGUGGAAAUAAUUUACAUACUUUAUUAGAACAAGAAAUUGAUAAAGAAUUAAAUCAAAUUAAAUCAAAUGAAAAUGAUGAAACAGUUUAUGACAUGCAAGAAAGUCUCUAUAAAUCAUUCUUAAAAGCUGAUGAAUUGAUCGAAAAAGAAGGGGUAGGUUCAUCAGGUAGUACUGCUGCAGUAGCAGUUUUAAGAUGGGAAACAAAUGAUAAUAAAAUCAUUGAUCAAUCUCAAAUCAGUAUUUCUUCAUCAUCAUCAUCCAAAUUAAAUUCUCAAUUUGAUUUCAUCCCAACUUCAAAUCAUAAACGAAUGUUAUAUACUUCCAAUGUCGGUGAUUCAAGAAUAGUUUUAUGUAGAAAUGGUCAACCAUAUCGAUUAUCUUAUGAUCAUAAAGCAACCGAUAUAAAUGAAAUCAAUCGAAUCAAAGAUUCAAAUGGGUUAAUCAUGAAAAAUAGAGUUAAUGGGGUAUUGGCAGUUACAAGAUCUUUAGGUGAUUCAUAUAUGAAAGAUUUAGUGAUUGGGAAACCAUUCACGACAUCAACUGAAAUCACUAAUGAAGAUGAUUUCUUAAUCUUAGCUUGUGAUGGAGUAUGGGAUGUUUUAAGUGAUUUAAAAGCUUGUAAUUUCGUCAAAGAACAAUUCAUGGCUAAAAGAUUAUGUCAAUUAGCAAUGGAUCAUUCUACAACGGAUAAUGUAACCGUAAUGAUUGUUAAAUUCGAUAAAGAUAUAUUUAAUCAAUAA